AUGUCACUUAAACAUCUGCAAAUAAUUCUUGUAAAUCCAUUCAAUGAUCUCGAAAAGAUACUUCCCUAUAUGCCUAAUUUAAAAGAAUUGCGUGUCACAGGAAUGAUUCGUGAACGAUCGAUAUUAGACCAUUUUAAAAAAUUAAGUGAAAUUUUUCAUAUUCAUACACCUGAUUUACAAAAAUUCGAUUGUGAAUUAUAUUGUGACGAAACAAAUGAACAAGUCAAUAUUCUUAUUAUACAACAACUUCAUCCAUUAUUCAAAAUGAUACAAUGUCAUGAAGACAGUUUUUUUAAAAACUUUCCUUUAGGAAACCGUCGCAAAUAUUGUUAUGCAACUGAUCUAAUGGAAUAUACAAUUUUCAAAGAGCGUGAAUACUAUGAACAAAUAACACGUAAGCCUGCCGAAUAUUAUCCAGUAUUGAGUGGAUAUGACAGUGGUGAAUAUUAUGACCACAAUGAUGAUUUAUUUUGA